UACAUUUAUGGAAUUAUUUGAUGAAGAAGCAGACGACAGUUGUGCUAGCGCAAUAUCUAUGUACAACGACUGGAUCUUCGCCGGAGAGUUUGUUUAUGAUCACGACGGUGUCGUCGGAAAUGCUCAAUGCAAACAAUACGAACUUACCAUAAAUGCCGACUAUCCGAAAAACUUAGAAAGUCUGAGAAUAAUGUCACGUCUUGUAACUAACGGAAGUGGAGGAAGUCUGGAUCAUAGAAACACCAGCUUUCAAAUAAAUGUUUAUGAUGGGAGUAACCUUAAUAAAAGCAUAGAAGUUUGUGAAGAUUGCAGUCAAGCAGCCGAAAUAUUCAUCACAUCUACUGAAGUUCUCAAAAUUGAAUUUCCAUUCAAAAUAAACAGAAGCUGGUCGCUGAUCUUCACCGCUUUUCACACAGGUUUGUGCCGCUCCUAUGAAUACACGUGUGCCAACAGGCGGUGUAUAUUCCACUCGCUCAGCUGUAAUGGUCUCGAUCCCUGUGGCGACCAGUCAGAUUGCUUUAUAACUCCAGCGGCUUAUGCAACUAUAGCUCUAGGUGGAUUCUGUGCAGUUGGUGUUUUGUUUCUGGUGAUAUACGUUUUCAUCAAGAGCAAAAAGACGUCAGAUUGGAGUUCCAGGGGCAGACAACCGCGAAAAUUUUCACCGGCCAAAGCGUUACAGAGUGUACAGGCAUUUACGCCAGCAACUGUAAAUAUCACGCCUAAAAGGAGAUGGAGCUAUAAAUAUUAAAAACAGUAAACAUCACCCGUAAAAGGAGAUAGAGCUGUGAACAUUAUACACUUACUGAAUGGCUCGUCGGUCAAUAGUUUUAACAACGGUAAACAUCACCUUUAAAAGAAGACGGGGGCUGUAAAUAUAAACAACUGUACACAUCACUUGUAAAGGAAGAUAGACCUAUACUUACUAACAGCAGUUACGUCACAUUUAAAAGCAGAUGGUUAAAUAUAUCACCCCUAAAAGGAGAUAGAGCUGUGGAUAUUAUACACUCAUUGCAUUACAUGACAUAAGAAAUAAACUUUCGUAUUUUUUUUCUCCAAAUUUUGACUUUAGCCCAACAAAAUUAAGUGUUGAACUAUAGACCGGUCGAUAGCAAAACCUAUACACCAGAGAUUUAUGAAAGGUAUCAUUUUAAUUGCAUGUACUUAAGUAAUAAAUAUGUCACCCAUAAAACGAAAUGGGGCAAACAUAUUAACCUUUAGCCUGGUGGCGGCAAAUGAUUCUGCCUUUACGACCAGUGCAGACCAA